UAGAGAUACCGCAAAACUUUAUUAUUUGCGGGGGAGUGCGGAGGAAUGAGAAAACAAGACCAGAGAUUUUUUACUUAGGCUGUUGAAUUGAUAGGGAAUCAUGGAAACUCGCUAAAGAUUGAGCAAAUCAUCGCAGCCUCGCAGCUCAAGGCUAUAAAUAUUCAGCUGGGUCUCAUAGAACACAACUGAAAGACAUCACCUAGAAUCAUAUUAUCUAUUCUCCAAGUCAACUCACCAUGAGUAAACCAUCUGUUCUCAUCAUCGGCGGAGGCGUCUUCGGAACCUCAACCGCAUACCAUCUCAUCCAGCGCGGCUACACCAACGUCACAGUCGUCGAUCGUUUCGAGGCCCCAUCUCGCGACUCGGCCGGCACAGACCUGAACAAGGUUAUCCGUGCAGACUAUCCAAACCCGUACUACGCCCAGCUCGGUCUGGAAACCCUUGGCGUGUGGAAAGAUCCAGACUCUCUCUUCAAGGGCCUUUAUCGCGAGUCGGGAUGGAUCAUGGGCGGGCAUGAGGAGACGAAUCAGUGGUUGGAGAACGCUAAGGAUUUGGCCGAGAAGAAGGGGAGACAGGGAGUGGAGUACUUGAAUGUUGAGAGGAUUAGAGAGAAGUGGCCUGCUUUGACUGGAGAGUUUCCGGGCUGGACUAAUCUGCACAGUCCUCAGGCUGGUUGGGUCCCGUCAGGCCAAGCCCUCCUCCGCAUGGCCAAAGCUGCAGAGAAGAAUGGCGUAAAGCACAUCACCGGCCAUGCUGGUCAGAUCAAGGAACUCGUAUACGAGGAUGGAACCUGCAAGGGUGCCAUUGCCGCUAACGGGGAGAUUCAUCUCGCCGAUAAGGUCAUUGUUGCAGCUGGAGCAGGUCUCCCUGCUCUUGUCGAGGGAGCUAGAACUGAUGUCAGAGCGGAGACUUCGGUUAUCUGUGUGAUGAAGCUGGAGCCACACGAGAUUGAAAAGUACAAGGACAUUCCGAUCAUUGAUGACUUUGAGCAGGGCAUCAUCUUUCCUCCUGAUGAGAAUGGCCUCAUCAAGCUAUGCAGUGUACGACUCGUGACCAACUACUUCAACCAUGUGCACUCUGGCGCUUCAGUCUUGCACUCAGUGGGUGACUACCCUUUCGAUGGAUGUCCAAAGGAACUCGAAGAUGAGAUUCGAAAGUUUGUUCGAGAAAUGAUCCCUGAACUCGCAGAUCGACCCUUUGUCCACACCCGUCAAUGCUGGGACGGCAUGGCCUCAGACUUGAACUUCCGCAUCUGCCCCUAUCCCGACACGAAGAACCUCUACAUCGCUACAGCCGGGUCAAACCACGGUUUCAAGUUUCUCCCAAUCAUUGGAAAGUACGUAGUCGACCUUUUAGAGGACUCCCUCGAUGAAGGCCUCAAGAAUCUCUGGAGCUGGAAAUUCGGAAAGAAGCCCGAUGAUUUCCAAGAUCCUCAUCCAUUUCCCCGCAGAGACUUGAACGAGUUGACGGGUUGGAAGGGGAGAAAUGCUCCAGCGGAUGGAAAGUUGCCUUGGACGUGGAGCCGUAGUCGUCUCUAGGGGUGUAGAUGUAGUAGGUAGUUUAGUUUACUCACAUCUCACGGCUUAAAUCUUCAUCAAUAGAUCCGCCAAUGUAGGCCUAGACAGGGAAUAGAAAUCAUCACAUGACAAUGCACUA